AACCCCCCACCCCGGUUCGUCUUUCAUUUUUGGUUCAUCUUCCUCAAAACUUAGCUUGGAAGUUGGAAGCUUCGAACUCGCUCCCAAUUUAACACGACUCCAUCAUUACCGGAAAUUCCAUUUCACCGAUCUCCGUUCAAGAGAUCCGGAAUUUAAUUCAAGUUGGAUCCAAACCCGGACUGAUUAUGAUACACGCGUCUACAAACAAAUUUCAAUUUCAGAUCUAAGUAGAAGAGGAAUCAGUGAUCUGUAGGCAUUUUUAUUGAUUUCUGUGCAGAAACGUCAAUGGCGUCGAGAAAUAGAACGAUAUUGUUUAGGAAGUAUAGAGAUGCGUUGAGAAGUGUUCGGGUCCCUGCGGGUUCUUCGCCGUCCACGUCAUCGGGUCAUGGUAGUGGGCCGGUGAUCGAAUUGGCAACGACGUCGUUGCUUAAUUCCAAUCGAUCGUAUGCUCCUCUCAGUACAGAAGAUCCCGGAACCUCCAGUAAUGGUCCAGUUACAGUAGGUCUACCGCCAGCGUGGGUGGAUGUGUCAGAAGAAAUCACGGGUAAUGUGCAACGGGUUCGAACAAAGAUGGCUGAGCUAGCCAAAGCUCAUGCUAAAGCGUUAAUGCCAUCAUUUGGAGAUGGUAAGGAAGAUCAGCGUCGUAUUGAGGCUCUUACCCAUGAAAUAACUGGUCUUCUCAAAAGAUCAGAAAAAAAAUUGCAAAGACUUUCUGCAGCUGGUCCUUCUGAGGAUUCAAAUGUUAGGAAAAAUGUACAGCGCUCUCUUGCUACAGAUCUUCAAAGCCUUUCAAUGGAGCUUCGCAAAAAACAAUCUACUUAUUUGAAGCGGCUCCAGCAGCAGAAAGAGGGUCCAGAUGGAGUUGACUUGGAAAUGAACUUAAAUGGGAGCCAUUCUCGAAGGGAUGAUGAUGAUUUGGAUGACUUGGGAUUUAAUGAGCAUCAGAUGGCCAAGCUAAAGAAAAGCGAGGCAUUCACUGUCGAAAGAGAGAGAGAAAUACAGCAGGUUGUUGAAUCGGUCAAUGAACUUGCCCAAAUUAUGAAAGAUCUGUCAGUUCUGGUGAUAGACCAGGGUACUAUCGUAGAUAGGAUAGACUACAACGUUCAAAAUGUUGCAUCAACAGUUGAGGAAGGUCUUAAACAACUGCAAAAGGCUGAACGAUCCCAGAAACAAGGUGGAAUGGUCAUGUGUGCCACAGCUCUAGUUAUCAUGUGCUUCAUAAUGCUGGUCCUCCUAAUUUUGAAGGAGAUAUUAUUCUGAUUCAUGAAAAUAUUUUCUACAAACCUUGCAUAAUGUUGUAUUCACAAUACUACAUAAUGAAGGCACGCUGACACAUUUGUGACAAAGUGGAAGAAUGAGGUGAGCUAGCCCAUAUCAUUUUUGUGCUAGUGCCUUUAAUUUUUCUGUAUUUGGUAAUGGUAAGGUCUGUAUACUCGAGAAAUCAAUAGACCUCCAGGGAUCCUGUAUAGAGCAUUUAUCGUUAGAGAGCAUAAUACUAUUCUUUACCCUAGGAAAAUUUUGAUGUCUUGACAUUAUAUGCCUGGCAAUAUAUCGUAUUCUGUAUCUACGGCCAUACAUUUUUAGAUGAACCCCUGCAGAUUGGUUAUGCAUCUUUUAUGUUCA